AUGCAAUCGUUUAUGAGAAGGUUUGAAACUGAAGAAGAAUCAGAUGGGGAUUUUUCCGAUAAAGAGAAUGAGGAAGAGGAGAAUCGCCCUCUAUUUCAAGAACCGGAGUUAAGUGAUGAUGAGUCCGCAUGGGUGGCACCGUCCAUCGGUCAGGAAACUUUGCUGGAUUUGGACUUCACCCCGAGAACUAGGGAGCAGGAGCCAUCCGUGCCGGCGCCAAAAGCCCAUAUAGCAGCUCAGGGCGUUGAAUGCCAGAAGUUGGGAAAAACAUCUUUUUCACGAAUUCGCUAUGCAGAAGUUCAAAAGAAGCUGCAGGCCGCUCCUGUGUUUAGCGCUUUGCGUGUCAAUUUACAAUUAGCGAAUUUGUGCAAAACAAGUCCUUUGCAGGAUCAGUUGAUUAAGAUGGACUUGACUUUUGGGACAGUAGUACAUGGGCUACUGCUUCAAAGAGAGGCUUUUUCAGAAGGAGUUAAGGAGCUGGUUAUUAAGCAUCCGGAAAUUAAGUCAGAUGUUCAGAGUCUGUUAAUGGGGUCGGAUUCGUCAUUUAGAUCUAUUUCUGAUGACCUUCUUCAGAAUGUGUGCCGUCGCAGGGCUGAAAUAAUAGAGCAAAGAAGGUCUUUGAUUAAACCUUAG